GGUUAAGAUUUUAAUCUUGUUGUUGUUGGUAUGGAAUCAGUUGAUAUGUGUUUUUAUUUCAUUUUAAUUGUUUGAAGUUGAUUAUUAUUAGUUUAGUUGAUUUGUUUAUUUUUGUUUAUUCGCUGAUUUCACCAUUUGUCUUCAACUUCUCUUGAAGAAUUAAUUGAAACCAAUACGAAGAAAUUAAAUCCCCACACAAGGAGAAAAUCAUGGCUCUCACCCUAAAUUCAUCUUCUCACCACAAUAAUAGUAAUUCUAAUAAUAACAACAGUAGCAGUGGUGGUGGUGGUGUUUCUGUUGGUGUUAAUGGUAGUAAUGGUAGUGGUGGUGGUGGUGGUAAUCGAAUCAAUUUACGUGAAUCUUUAAAAGGAUUAUAUUGUCCCUUCCAUUCCCGUGGUUAUUGUAAAUUUGCCUCAGAUUGUUCUUUCUCCCAUGAAAGUCGAUCGAUUCGUGUACCUGAUGAUGUUUGCUAUUUCAAUCUAUCUAAACAAUGUUUCUCUGGUAAUGAAUGUCGCUUCCUUCAUAUUGAUGCAAUUACCCUGCUAGGCCUUCAAGAUUAUAGUAACAAUUCAGACACAAACUCUACUCCUUCAAAUAAUAAUAAUAAUAAUAAUAAUAAUUGUACAACAACAAACAAUAACAACCAUAACCAUCAUAGUUCAUCACCUCAAUCAACAACAUCUUUAUCAUCGAAAUCUUCUUCAUCAUCUUCAUCAUCAUCAUCUUCAUCUUCUUCUUCUUCUUCUUCUUCUUCUUCUGACCAUAUCAAAUUUAAUGUACCCACUAUUAGUGAAUUAAAUUGUAGCUCUUCUAGUGGUGGUGGAGGUGGUGGUGUCGUCAUCGGUAAUGGUAUCGGUAGUAGUAGUAGUGGUACUGGUAAUAAAAAAUUUCUCAGCAAUAUUUCCUCUUUAUGCUCAGCUUCCUCAUCUGCCUUGUCCAUUUCAAAUUCAUCAGCUAAUCCUUCAAAUAGCACGCUAACAAAUUCAACAACUUCAAACACCAAAUCAACAACAACAACAACAACAACAACAACCAGUAACAAUAAUAAUAAAAUAAAUAACACUUCAAGCCAAGGUAACAAAUUGGGUGCUUGGAGUUCACCCUUACAGAUAACUCCCAUCAACAGUGAUUCCCAAAACCAACAAGACAGACGAUCUCUCCCUUUGUGCCCCUUUGCCAGAGUCUCUGAUCAUUGUCCCCAUGAAAAUUGUACCUACCUACAUGGUGAUCUAUGCGAUUUUUGUAAUUGCCUAUGUCUUCAUCCGUACAAUACUGAUCAAAGGGAUUUCCAUCGAGAAGAAUGUAUCAAGGAACACGAGAGAGAAAUGGAACAAGCUUUCGCUAUCCAACGAAGUAAUGAUAAAGCUUGUGGAAUUUGUAUGGACAUUAUCAUGGACAAGGAAUUACCGGUUGAAAGGCGUUUUGGUAUAUUAGAGAAAUGUGACCACGUCUUUUGUCUAACCUGCAUUCGUAAAUGGAGACAAACGGAACAAUUGGACAAAAAGACAAUCCGAUCCUGCCCCGAGUGCCGGAUAUUUUCUGCAUUUGUUAUACCCAGUCAGUAUUGGUAUGACAGUGGUGAAGAGAAAGACAGGUUAAUAACCAAUUACAAGAAAGCCCUAAGUCAAAAACCUUGUAAACAUUUCAAUCAAGGCCAAGGAACAUGUCCCUUUGCUGGAGCUUGUUUCUACCUUCAUGCCUACCCAGAUGGAAGAAAGGUUGACAUGCCUCCCCCAACAUCAAGGAGAAGAAGCAACAAUGAGUCAGAAUCAUCUAAUUUCAGGAAUAUGCUUCUUUGGAAUUAUCUUGAAUUUCGUCAAGAUAAUCGACUACUGACCUUAGACUAUUUGGAACUUCUAGAUACAGCUGAUCAAGAGCUUUUAAGCUCAUUCGUUUUCUCGGACACCGAAGAUGAGUCCGAAUGGGGUUCAUUUGCUGAUUUUCCUUAAUUGUCGAUACCUGGUUAAUCCUUUUCCUUUCUCUUAAAUUUACCAAUUUAAAUUCUCAUCUCUUUCUUUCUCUCUGUUUAUCCUUCCCCUCUCUCUCUUUCUCUUUCUCUUUACACCAGAACAAUUAUAAUCAACUAAUCAUUCUGGGUUCAAUUCAAUCUUCCUCCUUAAAGAAAAAAUCUCCUGUUGAAAACAAAAAAUUGAAAUCAAAUGUUAUUAAUUUGCCUUUAUUACCUUAUCCCUUUUCUCACACCAUCAAAUCCAAUGUUAGUUUACAGAGAUUCAAUUUUCUUUUUCCUGAUCAACAUCUAAAUUUUAAUCCACCAAUCAAUUGAUUAUACUUACAAUGUGAAUUCUUAUUACAAUUAAUUAACUAUUAAUGUUAAAUAAUAGCUAUUGAAAUGGAGAAAUGAAAAGUCACCGCUAACACAAUUGAACAAAACACACACACACACUCUUGAUUCCAAUUCUAUUGUUUGUCAGUUGUAUUACUUUUUCCUUAAUCAAUUAUUUUAAUUUUUUCUUCUUACACAUCAUAGAAUUGUGUGUUUAAUUAAUGUUCCCUUCACAAGACUUGACUUGAUUACUUUCAAAUAACAAUUAAGUAACAACAGUUUAAAAUACAUUUGGAAAAAUAAAUUAGAGAAAACAAUUUAUAA